CGGCCGCUCAAAUCAGUUUGUUUAUGGACUCAGACGUCGUCGGACGUGUACGUUCGUUAAAAGAAACCGCAGAUUAGGAACAAUCCAUGAGAUACAAAUACACCGAGAUACCGAUACCGAUAUCGUAAGAAACAGUGAAAGUGUGCCGUACCGGAGACACAGAUACAGAUACAAAAAAAAAAAAAAAAAACUAAGAUAAAGAUUUAACUGCCCCGUCGACCGAUAUAAAAGUAAACCAUGGAGGGCCUGCCGCGCUCAUUAAACUACGAACUCUCGCACGAUUUGCAUUUCGAUCAUUACGCCGGUGAAGCCGCCCAAAAGAUUCUGAACAGCGGACGGAGUUCACCUGAAGCCUCCACACCAACGAUUACCACAUUGGAUGCCAUUUCUAGCAGUGAUUUCCUGAAACAGAUUGGCCAACAGAUUCUCAGCUCCAUUCAACUGAAGCAUCAACAUCAGUUCAACGAAGUUAACCAUCCGAGGAAUUCCAGCAGCGAAGAGAUAAUGGAUUUCGAUCUGGCCAAUCGAGUUGUUUUGGACAGCAGCAGUGUGGAUCAGUUACAGCAACAGCUGGAGUACGACAAAUUCAUGAACGAAGUAUGGAUUGGUGUCGUCUUCACCCUGAUCCUCAUCUCAAUGGUCUUCUGCAUCUGCUCCUGCUUCCUGUACCAUCAGUUUCGUACCUGGAAACGCAAUUAUCGCCACAAUGCAAAUGGGUCGACGCAGUGCACCAUUGUGGAUAUUGAGGCGUUGAAACUGCAUCCGGAUAUGGAGGAUCCGGUGCCGGAGUAUACCCUAGUUUCCGGCUUACCCAGCUAUGAGGCUGCCCUGGAGCUGUUGCAGAAAUCACCACAGUCAUCCUGUCUGAUUGUCUAUCCGAGUGUGUUUAAUGUGUUCAACAAGCAGGAGAAGAGCAGCCAGGACUUGCAGCAUCCAGUUGUUGCAACAUCAGCAACUCCAAGUGCAGUUGAGAAUCUAGUAGCACCGCAAGCACCUUCGUUUUGUGAGGCCACAAUGCCGCUGCUACCAGCUACCACAGCAGCAGCAACAGCUACCACAGCAGCAGCAACAACAGCAGCAACACCAGCAACAUUAGCAACAUCAGCAACAUCGCCCACUUGCGAGGCGCUUAAGUCAAACUUUGUGAUGAUGCCAAUUGUGCCCAGUUAUGCGGAGGUAUUCGGCAGCUCCUACAAAACCAUUGAUGAGAAAAAGAAAUCGAAAUCGAAAGAUAGCCAGGCGAAAGACGAUAUCAAACGGUAAUGCCAUCUCACAUGGAUGUGGUUAUGGACUCCAAAUACCAUUCCAAACCCAACUGAGCUCUGUGAUAUUUUCUAUAUUCAUGCUGGAAAGACAUACUUUAUGUAACUAAACUAAGCGCUGUGAUUAUCAAAAGAAGAAAAAAGAAAAAGAAAUACGUUACUAAACCUACUACUCGCUACUAAAUUGUGUUAGCUAGUUAGUUUCAUCAGAUUGUACUUAAAUUAUUCUGUACUUCCAGUACUUAUGGAAACGUAAAGAUGCAUCUUUGUUAUUAGACUUAAGUAGGCCACAAACUAAUUAUUAAUAAAUUAUACACAAAAUACUUAACAAAUGAAA